AUGCGGUUGAUCUAUUUAGGCUUAGUACUGACUGUUCUACUCUUAGUAGUGGGAAAUUCCAAUGGACGUAACGUUACCAAGGCUUUUCAUACGGGAACGGAGAAGCCGUUGAUAACUUCGUUCGAAGUAAGUAAGUGCCCCAAAGUUAAGACCUUGAAGAAUGUAAACAAGAAAAGAUUAUUGGGUGUUUGGUUUGCCUAUGCUACAACACCACUGGACUUGCCCGUUUAUCAGCGUCGCUGUGCCUCAUACAAUGUACAAAAUAGUCCCUAUUUCAAAACCAACAUCUUGUUUACGGACUACCAGAACGUCACUGUUACAUAUGCCUGCAAAUACAAUGAUCUGACCAUGCAAUAUGAUAUUAAAUUGCGCAUUUUAACACGCACGCGGACCCCAUUGGUUGAGAAUCUAAACAAGGCCAUAUAUUUCCUCGAGUCAAUCAAAUUCCCAACCGAAAAACUCGAGCACCUCAAGACGGAAGCUUUUUGCUUCGAGUGGUACAUAUUGAACUACCAUGUUAAACCAAGACCCGGGCGAUACAAUUCCCCAAACAAACACGUUUGGGAUCAUUGAUGUUGUUGACGAUGACAGCAUGAAUUAAUUGCAUAACUAUCGCUAAUUAUUAGAACAUAAUCAAAUACUGCAGGAGCUGCGCUGCCAAGAUGGAGAGGAAAUCGUAUAACUUAAUUAGUUCGGGCUGGGCCAACCGAAAUCAAUUACCAACGACAGUUUCACUCGACUGAUUGGGCCGGGUCCUUCAAGGAACCCAAUUGUGCUGAUUCCCGUGUCCUUGUUCCCGAAACCCACUUAUAUACAUAUAUCGAAACCGAAAGAAAAUGAGUGUUUGAAGAAAUUGAAAAAUACUAAAUGUGUUCGCCUCACUAAAAAUAUAUUUUUUAU